CCAGUCCCUUGAUGGCUAACCAGCCGCACAACAGCCAUCGAUACAACUUCAACGCACAGUAAACCUUGGACCUUUACUUCUUGCUUCACCUCAUCUUCCAUCACCAUCGAGCAUCGCAGAGUUACAGCUGUCGUCGCCUCUCAAGCUUUACCGACAAAUCACGAGCUCUCCAACAUGGCCGACGUCGAGAUGAGCGACGCCCCAGUGGCCAAGAAAGCCGACGGCGUCAGCGCCAAGGGAGGCGAUAAGAAGAAGUUUGAAGUCAAAAAGUGGAACGCCGUUGCGCUCUGGGCCUGGGAUAUCGUCGUCGACAACUGUGCCAUCUGCCGUAAUCAUAUCAUGGACCUCUGUAUUGAGUGCCAGGCAAACCAAGCAUCAGCCACCAGCGAAGAGUGUACCGUUGCCUGGGGCAUCUGCAACCAUGCUUUCCACUUUCACUGCAUUUCACGAUGGCUAAAGGCCAGGUCGGUCUGUCCCCUCGACAACAGAGACUGGGAGUUCCAAAAGUACGGCCGGUAGACGAAGCAAGAUGGAAGCACAGACACGCGAGACGAACGAACAAGACACAUACAUCGUACAGAGACAAAGAAGGAGUGCGGUAUAUCAUUUCGGGAGGAUUUAAGCUACAUGCUGUUUUAGAGGAUAUCAUCAACGCGGGAGUCUUGCUCAGGGUGGCAGCCAUUGCCUGGCCAUCACGUCCCGCCGGUGUUGAAUGCAGAUCCAAUAGGUAGCCACUUGACCGGAUUCUUGUUGUAGAACGGCCAAGGAGGAAUGAUGAUGAGAAACGUCAAUAGCGUGCCGCCCAAUCCAACAUAGACGCACUUGACAAUGUCUUGCAAAAGGUAUCCAACGUUGAAGGCAAUGAGCCCUGUGAGAGAGAGCAGGAGGGUUGCAUAGCCCUCGGCACGUCGCUGGCCCUCAAAGUCGAUCUGGCCUUCCACCACGUCCCGCACUUUAUCCAGCAAUUCCUCUGCCAUGUCGAGUCGUCUCUCUCUUGUGAUUUCUUUUGGUACUGUGUAUCUUGUACUCGAGAAUUAACGUGGUCUGAGAGAUGGUCGAGAGCAAGUAGAAGUUGUUUGGCCCAGCACGA